CAAAACUGUCUGCAAUAUUCAUAAUUAUCCUGAGGAAAGAUGCAUUUCCUACGUUCUUCAAAAUUCUUCGCGAAUAACAACCUUGUCAAGGUUGGUGUCCUCAACAACAUCAGCCUUAUCCGCCACCUUUAUCCUCCAGAGGUCGCCAUAAUUUCAUGGCUUCUGCAAAGGUUUUCCAGAGAGAAACAGCCGAAAGUGCCAAACAACGCAAAUUGACGGAAGUGAAACGGUAUGUGUUGGAACCGAAGAAAGCCUAUGUUCGAGAUGAUAGGACCAAGUCUGUGCCAGUCAAGCAAGGGUUGCAAGGGUUCAGACCUUCCAUCAAUCCCGACAAAUGGGGAUAUGCGUGCCCUGCUUGCGGGCAAAAGGCGGAUGCGCUGUGGACAGAAAAGCGGAUUCAAGGACGUUCAAACCUGGGGAAACGAGCCAAUACCAGUAGUGUGAUAUCAGAUCUUGGAUUACAGUCCGGUUCUUCUGAUUUUUCCCUGUCUUCCAGUGAAGGAAUUGCAUCCUAUAAUUAUCUGAUGAAAUAAAUUGAGACUUUUGAACGAAAGAACGCUAUAUAUACGCACUGUCACAAACGGGUAUAAACAAAACAAAAACCCUGUUUGACAGAUCCGUCUUAAAAACGAAGCCAUCUGCUGAUCAGAUAAUGACGUAGUGUUUUUGACUGAAACAUCCUUCCUUCUGUGGGAAAAUGAAUGAGUUUGCACAACGAAAAACACACAGAGAAUUUUCAUAAGUUCUUCAGAAAUUCACUAUUUUCCCCUUUUCCAGGGCCUAUUUUUCAAUUCGUGCAAUUGGAAUAAUUAUACGAAGCAAUCCUUCCGUGAAAAAAAAAAAUUGCGACUCUGGAGACAUGUUUCAACGACAAGCAUCUCUGUUUUUAAGUUUUGACUGAUUUUUAAUAAACAAAGACAUCUGAUCAGACAAUGACAAUAUACAUUUCUCAUAAACAGCGUUCAAGUCAAUCAAUUAUUGGUUGAGGCGUCAAAAAAGGUGUUUUCGAAAGUUUUUUUUUCGUAAUUACGUAAAAUCUCAUGACCUGUCUACUAAAUUAGGUUCAAAUAAUGUUCCCUCGCAAUAGUUC